AUGUCUCGACGCGUGGAAUUCGAUUUAUCCACUGAAGAUCACUCUGAUCGUCGUCGCACCAACACCUUUUCUUCCGAUGAGGAUGGAGUUCCAAAUGAGGUCGCCGACUACCUGGUCUACUUUUCCCGCAUGGUUGACGAACAAAAUGUGCCGGAAAUUUUGACUCUCUACGAUCAAGCUUUUCCAGAUCUCACCGAGAGAUUCUUCCGUGAUCGCAUGUGGCCCGAUGAGAAUGUUGUCGAAAGAAUUAUUAUACAGUAUUGAAAUAGUUAAAAUCAGUUCCUAAAGUGCUAAAAUAUCACAAAGAUGUGCUCACGAGACGAUGUAAUUAUUGGACAAGGUGAUAUUGAAGAGAAGAAUUCAAUGCGAUCAAUUCACGAGUAUGGCUCACUGGAGAUAGAAGUAGAGUUUAAGAAAAUUAAUUUACAAAUGUAAUAGCCACGGUCUCUCUCAAUUUUAUCUAUUUCAAUUGAGAGAGUCUAUCACAUUAUUUGAUUUAGUUUUUUUGAAAUUAAGAGACCGUUUUUCUAUAUUAUUUUUUAGAACCUGUUCAAUCAUCAACCAACACGGAGACAAUUUUUGUUGGAUAUGCUCAAUGUUAAAUGGAACGAACGUGCUGUCAUAGUGUCUCCGAGUGUAUCGAUGAGUCCUGAGUCUGACACUUUGGCUCAAUCUGAGUCUUCUGUCGGGAUAUUCAAUAGCAGUUCGUCAUGUUGGUUAUCCUGCAUUGUGCAACUAUUGAUCCGUGUACCUCAACUUGAAUCGGUGUUGCUAAAUUUCACUUCAAUGGAAUAUCUUAACUACGCACUUCAAUACAACAAGAAGAAUCUGAAGCAUGCUGAGCUUCUAUACACCAUAGUUGGAACAUUCCGCGAACUGAAAUCUGCGAGGUCAACUUCAAGACCAAUUGAGGUUAUUGCGUUGUUACAGGUUCUGGAAAAAAUGUCCGCCUCUCCAAUCAUCGACCACCAGCAAGAUGUUUGUGAACUAUUCACAACUAUUAGUCAAUGGUUGGAAAUUGCUAUAGAUGAUGCAAUGGAUUAUCAUGUGAAUCACGAGAACAAUCACAGUGAAGAGGAAAGACAGUUGUAUAUCAAUCAAAAGAAGAUGUUCGAUCGCAUCUUCCCUUCAUUCAGACACAAUGACUCGUUAGGAGUGACUGUGAAUGCUCAAGUUGGAAAUUUUCGUGCUUCAGUGGAACAUUUUUUUGAGCAUUUCACGUCGAAUUCAGUUGAUAUGGUGUUCGUGCAAUUUGAUCGAGCAAUGGAAGACAGAACCAAAUCGAACGAGAGGAUGGAAUUCCCCAAAAGUUUCCAACCAAAGUUUCCAAAAGUUUCGAACCAAAAAGUUUCCAACCAAAGUUUCCAAAAGUUUCGAACCAAAAAGUUUCCAACCCAACCAAAUGCCAAUUCAAGUUGUUAUUACAAGUUGACUGGACUCAUCGUUCAUGUUGGUUCCUCAGCUAAAGAAGGCCACUUCUACAGUUUUGUUCUUCAAAAUGAAAGCAGUCGGUGGUCAAAAUUUGAUGAUGAUAGGGUAUCCAAUGUUCGAUGGGAGGAUGUUGCGGCUCAAUCAUUUGGAACAGGAUCCAGUAAGACGGCUUCAGCGUGCUUAUUGGUUUACGCCAAAAUGGACGGAGACUAUGACGAUAUGUCUGAUGACAUGAUGGUAAUUCGACGUAAUCCGCAAUCUACACCUGCUGUAUCGAUUAUGGAAGAACCUGUCAUUGAUGAUUUUGCUUUGGAUCCCAAUUUCGGCAUCGGAUGCCCUCCCAAGUGUGAUGUAGUGGGAAACGAAAAUGAUACCAUCUCCACGCACUCCUUGCCACGCUUCCAACGGUUCCGACGUCGGCGAUUUUUAGGAGGAUUCUUCAAGAAACGGAAACUGAUCCGUAAAACGGAGGCCAAAACUAUCGUGCCUUGGAGUGAUGCAAAAGUGCAAAAGUGAAAUCAAGAAGUUCUUAGGGUAUGGAGCCAGUGGAACAGCCUAUUUGGUGGUGUGGGAAGACAAGGAGGUUGUUAUGAAGGUGACAGGUAUUCACCCACAGUCGAUUUCGGUACUCCACGACGAACUUUUGAUCACGCAGAAGAUUGGCAAAUUGUCAAAAAGUUGCCAUAAUUUUCUGCCAUAUCACGGAUCAAUCGUCAUAAGCGACCUUCCAGCUAAAAUGAUGCGGAAUUCCGAAUGUGUCAACCAUCUUGCGAUUUUUAUGGGUUAUGGUGGAACAGUUUUGGCCGAUUGGAGAACCAGCGACUACAGACGGUGUAUCACAAUUAUGGCUCAAUUGGUUCUGGCUAUGAGGAUUGCCAACGACAAGAUGAAAUUUGUUCAUGGUGACAUCUAUAUGAUGAAUAUUUUAAUUGCUCCAACAACCAAACGAUGGAUCGAAUACAACAUUGAUGGCAAAACAAUUACGAUUCAAACAUUUGGCAUUAUCCCGCAAUUGAUUGACUUUUCGAAAAGUUGGUGUGGAGCCGAUCCGGAGCGUCACGACAUCAGUCGUUUGCACACAGUCGCGAAACGCGUCGGGCAUAGUUUGAACGGAAGUAAAAGGGAUAAAAAGAAAGUCCGGCAAGCUGUUAAAAUGGUGGGAGCGGCCAAAAAUUGGAAAAAUCUAUGUCUUGAUCGCCAAUUAUUCAAGCAAGUCAUUGUACACGAACAUUGA